AAUAAAUAUAAUAUUGGGAAUUCAAGGUUUGCUACUAUUACCAUCUUUGAAGUUGAUAGACUUCAAUUUGCAAAGGUGGUUCACCCAGACAGUUAACUAAAUCAUUCUGCCAACUUUUUAUCUUUAUCUCUAAAAAAACAACACUAUUUUUCCUCUGUAAAAGUCAACCGUGAAUGCCCCAAUCCUUCCAGAAAGCACCGGCAUUAUCCGUCUGUACUUUUCAUAGGGAAACGAUUGAAGUUAAGUGAUCAGUCACAUCACAUCACAUCACAUGGCAACCCAAACCGAACCAAAGAAGAUCAUAAUUGACACCGACCCUGGAAUCGAUGAUGCUAUGGCUAUAUUCCUUGCUCUGCGAUCGCCAGAGGUACAAGUUAUUGGACUUACAACUAUCUAUGGAAACGUUUACACUACUCUUGCUACCAGAAAUGCCUUGCAUCUGUUGGAAGUUGCUGGAAGAACUGAUAUACCAGUUGCUGAAGGAUCCCAUGUCACAUUAACUAAAGGGACGAAACUUCGCAUUGCAGAUUUCGUUCAUGGUGCAGAUGGACUUGGCAACCAAAACUUUCCUCCACCAAAUGGGAAACCCAUUGAAGAAUCAGCUGCUGAAUUCUUGGUUAACCAAGCGAAAGCUAACCCUGGAAAAGUCACUGUGGUGGCGUUGGGCCCUCUUACAAAUAUUGCUUUGGCUAUACAGAUGGACCCGGAAUUCGCUAAGAACAUCGGGCAAAUUGUUCUGCUUGGUGGAUCUUUUGCAGUAAACGGCAAUGUGAAUCCAGCUGCUGAAGCAAAUAUAUUUGGUGAUCCAGAUGCUGCUGAUGUUGUAUUCACAAGUGGUGCAGAUGUAUUGGCAGUUGGAAUAAAUGUUACUCACCAAGUCGUAUUGUCAGGUUCUGAUCGAGAAAAGUUAGCAAGUUCAAAAGGAAAAUUUGCUCAAUACCUGACCGGAAUCUUAGAGGUGUAUUUCUCUUACCAUUGUGACGCAUACAACACCAAUGGAGUUUACCUUCAUGACCCAACAGCGUUGCUUGCAGCCGUUGAUCCUUCACUUGUAACUUGCACAGAGGGUGCUGUUAGAGUCCAAACCAGUGGCAUAACAAGGGGACUUACAAUAAUCUACAAUAAACAGAAAAGGUUUGAAGAAGUCACUGAAUGGUCCAAUAUGCCUACAGUAAAAGUAGCUGUGACAGUUGAUGCUCCUAGAGUUGUGAAAUUGGUCAUGGAUCGUCUUGUGGCUUGAAGUAGCUAUGGAGACGUUCAAUUAACAUUAUUGAGUAUUGUCCAUCUACUUAAAUCUGGUUUCAAUGUUUUAAACAUAAGACUAUGCUCACUUCAAAGCUGUUCUGUUUAUUCUUCGCGCCAUAAUUGUGUUUUGGAGCUCUUGAGCAUUACUUUUUACUUCACAUUUUAGUUCAAUUUCAAUGUAAAUUAACAUGUGUAUCCUAAUUAUUAUAUAUUGAGUCUCAUUCUUGUGAAAA